GGACCGAGGCCAGGUCUCUCCUUGGGGCUUGGGGGGAUUGGUCUGGGUGAGCUUUCUGGACGGACGAUAGGGGCCCUGGGUACAUUCGUAGGGAGGGGACAGGGUGGCCAGUGGGAGUCCUCAGCGGGGUCCUUGAGGCGCUCCCCCAUGGGGGCUGAGGGUCCCGGGGUUGUGGGGGACAAGGAGGCCCCAUAGGCUCUGCUGAAGGGUCUCACCGACAAAAGAAAGGGAGCUGGUGAGCGGAGGCUGUAGGCAGAGAAGCAGGGGAGCGGUUAUGUGUGUUGGGGGUGGAACGUUAGCGGAGCCUGGGAGGGGGCUCCCUGGCCAGCCGAUCCUGCCCGACCCUCCCUCCGCUGGCUCGCCCGCAGGCCGCCGCCCGCCGCCAUGGGCCUGAAGGCCGCCCAGAAGACGCUGUUCCCGCUGCGCUCCAUCGACGACGUAGUGCGCCUGUUCGCUGCGGAGCUGGGCCGAGAGGAGCCGGACCUGGUGCUUCUCUCCUUGGUGCUAGGCUUCGUGGAGCAUUUCCUGGCUGUCAACCGUGUCAUCCCCACCAACGUGCCCGAGCUCACUUUCCAGCCCAGCCCUGCACCUGACCCUCCUGGCGGCCUCACCUACUUUCCUGUGGCUGAUCUAUCCAUCAUCGCAGCCCUCUAUGCCCGCUUCACUGCCCAGAUCCGUGGCGCUGUUGACCUGUCUCUUUACCCUCGAGAGGGAGGUGUCUCCAGCCGUGAGCUGGUGAAAAAGGUCUCCGACGUCAUCUGGAACAGCCUCAGCCGCUCCUACUUUAAGGACCGGGCCCAUAUCCAGUCCCUCUUCAGCUUCAUCACAGGUACCAAACUGGACAGCUCUGGUGUGGCCUUUGCUGUGGUGGGGGCCUGCCAAGCCCUGGGUCUCCGGGAUGUCCACCUGGCCCUAUCUGAGGAUCAUGCCUGGGUAGUGUUUGGGCCCAAUGGGGAGCAGACAGCUGAGGUCACUUGGCAUGGCAAAGGCAAUGAGGACCGCAGAGGCCAGACUGUCAACGCAGGCGUGGCUGAGCGGAGCUGGCUGUACCUGAAAGGAUCAUACAUGCGCUGUGACCGCAAGAUGGAGGUGGCAUUUAUGGUGUGUGCCAUCAACCCUUCCAUUGACCUGCACACUGACUCUCUGGAGCUGUUGCAGCUGCAGCAGAAACUACUCUGGCUGCUCUAUGACCUGGGACAUCUGGAAAGGUACCCCAUGGCUCUAGGCAACCUGGCAGAUCUGGAGGAGCUAGAGCCCACUCCUGGUCGGCCGGACCCUCUCACCCUCUACCACAAGGGCAUUGCCUCAGCCAAGACCUACUAUCGAGACGAGCACAUCUACCCCUACAUGUACCUGGCUGGCUACCACUGUCGCAACCGCAAUGUGCGCGAAGCCCUACAGGCCUGGGCUGACACAGCUACUGUCAUCCAGGACUACAACUACUGCCGAGAAGAUGAGGAGAUCUACAAGGAGUUCUUCGAAGUGGCCAAUGAUGUCAUCCCUAACUUACUGAAGGAGGCAGCCAGCUUGUUGGAGGCAGGCGAGGAGCGGCCAGGGGAGCAGAGCCAGGGCUCCCAGAGCCAGGGUUCCGCUCUCCAGGACCCUGAGUGCUUCGCCCACCUGCUGCGAUUCUACGAUGGCAUCUGCAAAUGGGAGGAGGGCAGCCCCACGCCUGUGCUACACGUGGGCUGGGCCACCUUCCUGGUGCAGUCCCUAGGCCGUUUUGAGGGACAGGUGCGGCAGAAGGUGCGUAUAGUGAGCCGUGAGGCAGAGGCGGCAGAGGCCGAGGAGCCCUGGGGUGAGGAAGCCCGGGAAGGCCGGCGGCGAGGCCCGCGACGGGAGUCCAAGCCAGAGGAGCCUCCACCACCCAAGAAGCCAGCGCUGGACAAGGGCCCUGGCGCUGGCCAGAAUGCCGUGUCAGCACCGCAGCGGAAACCCUCAGGGACUGUCUCGGGUGCUGCCCGAGGCCUUGAAGUCGGCAGCACAACUCAAGUGCCAGCACCCGCAGCAUCGCCGCCGCCGGAGGGUCCAGUGCUCACUUUCCAGAGCGAGAAGAUGAAGGGUAUGAAGGAGCUGCUGGUGGCCACCAAGAUCAACUCGAGCGCCAUCAAGUUGCAACUCACGGCGCAAUCGCAAGUGCAGAUGAAGAAGCAGAAAGUGUCCACACCCAGCGACUACACCCUUUCUUUCCUCAAGCGGCAGCGCAAAGGCCUCUGAGCUGCUGGUGCCCACCCGGCCUCAGAGCCUGCCCUCAGUCUGCAUGGAGGCUCCACCCCAGUCCUCCCACUCUGAGCCCAGGCUCCGCCCCCAGCACUAGAGGACCUAGGCCCGGUUUCCUGCCCAGGUCCAGGACCCACUCCUACUGGGAACCCAGGCUUCUGGUCCCCGGAGUACAGAAGGCCCACCCCAGCUACAGACGGCCCACCACCCCUCGCUCCAGCUCGGAACUGAGGGCCCUUUCCCAGAAUCCCAGCCUGCCAAUUGAAAGUUCACCCUAGGCCCCUGAUCACCAAUUUUUAAAGGUCCGGGCCUUGGAAACUCAGACGCCUCAGAAUGGAGUGCCCGGGGUUGCUCCUGCCUGGUAAAGGCUGCGGUUUCACCUCCAGUCUUGGAAACUAGAGCCCCACUUCCCUAGGAGUACACUUCCGCACUUAAGAAUUCCAUCCUUAGGAAUCCGAGCCCCCUACUCUAAAGAACUUAAGUCUCACUCCACAAUUAUGAAAUCCUGGCUUCCUCUCCUUUGUAUCUCUAAAGUCAAUGACACAAAACUCUGCCCCAGCCUGUGAGAAUCCUGAGACCUGCCCUCUCCCUGGCCAGACUUGCCCAGGAUCAGAGCAGGACCUCUCUUAACGACCCUCUAGGAACCUCCCCGAGGUUCAGUUUAUCUCGAGGACCCUGGAGGACUCUGCAGGGGAUUGGGAGUGGGUGAAGGGAGCCUGAUCUCUUCCUGUUUUGUACAUAGAUUUAUUUUUCAGUUCUGAGGAAGAUGAAUACAUUUUGU